UAUUAAGUAAUAAAGAUGAAACUUGGUCAAGUGAAGGAACAUAUUCUCACAGGUUCAACUCUAGUUGGGGUUUUAACAGGUCUAGGCCUGGGAGUAGCCUUGAAAUCCUACAGCUCGCCUUGGACCCCCAGGGAAGCGUAUUAUGUUACAUAUCCUGGGAAACUGUUCCUUAACAUGCUUAAGUGCAUGAUCAUACCUCUGAUAGUUCCAAGUCUCAUCUCAGCUAUCGGUCAACUGGAUCUCAGGGUCUCUGGAAAGAUUGGUAGUAGAGCAGUACUGUACUAUCUUACAACUACAUUUAUAGCUGUAUCACUGGGAGUUGUACUGACAAUUACAAUAAGGCCUGGAAUCGGCGGUAAUGAGGAACAAGUAAAAUCGGCGACUGGACGAAAUUCUACUACAGUGGAUACUCUGCUGGAUCUAGUGAUGAACUGCUUUCCUCCCAACCUAGUGCAGGCCACUACCCAUCAGUACAGGACAGAGAUACUAUAUCCAGGGAAUAUACAAAGAAAUGAAUCAGACACGGGAAGUACUCUUGACCCUGAAGAAAAACUGACCUGGGAAAUGUCGUCUUCCUGGAACCGUUCCACGAAUAUCCUUGGACUGGUUAUAUUCAGUUGUGCUACAGGGAUCGCUAUAUCUCUUUCAGGUGAAGAUGGAAAACCGUUUCUCAAAUUCUGCACUUCUGUCAGUCACGUGAUGAUGAAACUGACUGGAUGGAUUAUAUAUCUGGCUCCUAUAGGAGUUUGCUUCCUUAUAGCAGGAGAAAUCCUUCAUAUGAACAGUAUUUUAGACGAGUUGGUGAAACUCGGCUGGUAUCUCUUAGUUGUAAUUCUAGGAAUCUCCUUGCAGGGUGGAGUUAUUUUGCCUUUAAUAUAUACAUUAAUCACACGAUCUCUUCCCUUCUCCUUCAUAGGAAAGAUGGGUCCUGCUUUAGCUACUGCAUUUGGUACAGCAUCAAGCUCUGCUACUCUUCCUGUUACAACAAGUAACCUGGAGAAUGGAAACAAGAUUGAUCCCCUCAUAUCUCGGUUUGUUCUUCCAAUUGGAGCAACAAUAAACAUGGACGGUACUGCGCUAUACGAGGCGGUGGCCGCCAUCUUUAUCGCACAGCUGACAGGUAUGAAUCCCAGCCUAGGGCAGAUCAUCAUAAUCUCAAUAACAUCAACUGCAGCAAGUAUUGGAGCUGCGGGUAUUCCUCAUGCAGGUUUGGUAACACUUGUAAUGGUGCUGGAGACCGUAGGUCUUCCUAGUGAAUCCGUUUCUAUAAUCAUGUCUGUUGAUUGGUUGGUAGAUAGGUUCAGGACUGCUGUAAACGUUUUGGGAGACAGUUUUGGUGCUGCAAUAGUUGCACAUCUCUGCAAAGACGACAUUCUUAGGGUGAAUGGAGGUGUCGAGCUUGAUGACCUAUAUAAACCUGAUCAGAUAGACGGGGUUGAAGGAGAGGUAGAGGAAGGAAAGGAACUACUUCUAGUACACAACUUACAACAAGAGAAGGAAGAGAAAAGAGAAAGUUUCAGUGCUCACACUUCUAGAAGUAGAUCUAAAUGUGUUCACAUGUAGAUCUGUACUAGACUAGUCUCACAGAUUUAAAAACUUUACAAUCGAGUGUAGAGUCAGAAUUUCAAUUUUUAUGUAAUUCCUAUUUCAAUUUUAUGAAA